AUGGGUCGUCGCAAACCUCGGGAAAAGUCCAAACCCAAUCCUGAAGAAUCUGUUGAUGAUGGUGGUAAAUUGAAAUCAAAAGCGCAACAAGUGCCUGAAAAGUCUGUUGGUGAGGAGGAAAUAACAAACUUGAUACGCUGGUCUAGGGCUGCUGCUCUUGCUCUUGGAGGUAAAAGAAAGUCUGGGUAUAUUGGUGAGAAUAAUACUUGUCCAGAUGCUAAAGAUCCAAAGUAUGAAGAUUGGAUUGAUGAUAAUCAACUGGUUCGCACGUGGCUUCUCCAGUCGAUGGAACCACAUAUUUCAGAAAUUUUCUCGUUUUCAAAAUUUGCAAAGGAUUUGUGGAAGUCUGUUGCUAGUCUGUAUGGCUUACGGAAUAAUGUUGCUCGGGUGUUUGAGCUGAAGCAUGAGAUUGCUGGGGCUGCACAAGAGUAUGAAUCUCUUAGAAGCACUAUUCUCAUGAGUGCUGAAUUGCCAAGUUUGUCUAGUGUCUGUGCGACUGUGCAGCGUGAAGAGACACGCAAGAAAGUUAUGAAUCCUUUUUCUAAAAGCAUUGUAGACCUGGAUGCUGCUGAAUCCAGUGCUCUUCUGAGCUCCAGAGAUGAUAAACGAAGAGCCAUGCCAUUUGAUAAGGACAAGACUUCUCGUGCUAAGGGUAAGAGAGAAGUUUUUCAUUGUUAUCAUUGUAAUAAAACUGGUCACACCAAGGAUCGUUGUUGGGAUAUUUAUCCUCAUCUUAAAGCUAAUUUUGACAAAAAUAAGCUUGCUCGAGCUGCUGUAGCUGAUAAUUCAUCCUUUACCAUAGACCAGUUGAAGGAUUUCUUUCACCAGUUGAGUAAUAAGAAUGAGCGCAAGGCCAACCAUACUUCAGGUAACCUGCUAGCCUUUCUUACUACGCCUGUUUCCAACCGUCACAUUUGGAUUAUUGAUUCAGGAGCUACAGAUCAUAUGGAAAAUGAUCCUUCUGGGAAAGUGCAUUUUUUUCCAGAUUGUGCGCCAUCUAAUGCACUUGUUGUUCCCUCGUUUCCUACUCAAUUUUUAUCUGUUGGUCAAAUCACUAAUUCUUUGAAUUGUGAUGUUACAUUUACCCCUACCUCGGUCAUCUUUCAGGAUCGAAAGACGAAGAAGACGAUUGGUAGAGGCAUCUUUUCUCAUGGAUUGUACAUGUUACGCUCUAGUGACAUGGCAUGUCUCACUCACAGAUCAACUCCGCAGUUUCUUUAUCAUCAAAGACUUGGACAUCCUUCCAGUCGUGUUUUGUCUAGGAUUUUUCCCACUUUUUCUGUUCAGUCUCAACAAAAUGGUGUUGCUGAAAGGAAACUCCGUCAUAUUCUGGAAACAACCCAUGCUCUUAUGAUUCAGAUGCAUGUUCCAAAGAAAUUUUGGUCUCAUGGUUCUCUGACGGCCACUUACUUGAUCAAUCGUCUGCCUAGUCGUGUGCUUGAGUUUAAAUCUCCAUUAGAGGUUUUAAAACAUCAUCAGCCUGACAUUUCUCAUCUUAGAGUUUUCGGUUGUGUGUGUUAUGUACAUUUACAGGAAAAGCAUCGUGAUAAACUGGAUUCACGGGCAACUAAGUGUGUGUUCUUUGGUUACUCUUCUACAAAGAAAGGAUAUAUUUGUUAUCAUCCACCCACUAGAAAGCUACAGAUUUCUCGUGAUGUUGUGUCUGAUGAAACAGUGGCUUAUUUUCAGUGUGAUUCUGGCAGUCGGUCUCAGGGGGAGUGUUAUACAGAUUUGGCACCACUUCCAGUUAUUAAUGAGAUACCUACUGCAACAGAUUCCCACAGAGAUAAUGGUGAUGGGGUAGAGUUGGUGGACUUACCUACUGCAGUGUUGGAUGUGCAUAAUGAAGCAGUUCAUGAAGAAGCUUCAGACAAUAAUGUUAAUGUUACUGAUGAUAAUACAGGACUACAAGAUGUGCCGCAUCAAGUUCCAAAAACUGAGGUUAUGGUUCCCCAACCAGUGGUACCAAUUGUCAGAACCUCAAGUCGUGAGAAGAAGGCUCCAGAUAAAUACAAAGAUUUCUUUACAUAUCAUUCCGCUGCGUAUCCUAUACAAGCACAUUUAACUUAUGAUCAUGUAGGUUCUUCACACUCUGCAUUUCUAAGUGCUAUAUCCAGUCAUCAAGAACCUAAAAACUACAAUGAAGCAAAGUCUAAUCCAAAAUGGAGGGCACCAAUGGAGAAUGAGUUACAUGCCUUAGAUGUAAAUAAUACAUACAGUAUUGUCAAGUUGCCUCCCGGGAAGAAGACUGAUGGAUGUAGAUAG